ACUUAAAUAAUGUCAAAUAUAAUUUGUAACCUCUCAAUCUCAAUAAAUAGAUUUCUUUUAAAAGAAAAAUAUAAUUAUUUACGUAAAAUACACUUACGAUCAUAUUACAACGUGCUUUUCUUUGGAUCAGACGUAAUUGGCCUAAACUGUUUACGAGAAAUCGAUAAGAUCAGGAAGAAUGAAAACCUUAUACGUCGAUUGGAUUUGGUCACAGCAAAUAGUAGUAAAAAUAAAAAUGCUAUUGAGAAGUAUGCCGAAACCAAUAAUAUGCGAAUCUUGCAUUGGCCGAACUUGAACAUCAACGAAGGUGAAUACGACAUUGGUUUGAUAGUGGCAUUCGGUCAUUUAAUUAAGGCCGAUGUACUCAAAAAAUUCCCUCUAGGUAUGGUGAAUGUUCAUCCUAGUCUGUUACCCCGCUGGCGUGGUGCUGCACCAAUUAUUUACACUCUAAUGCAUGGUGAUACCGUAGGAGGUGUAUCACUUAUGAAAAUUAAACCAGACAUAUUCGAUGUUGGUGAAAUAAUAAGUCAACAAAGAGUUCCAGUAUCUGACACUAUAAAGUUGCCAGAACUAACAAGACAAUUUUCGGACAUUGGUGCUAAAAUGUUGGUGAACUGCUUGAGGAACUUACCCAGAAGUCUUGAGAAUGCUCAGCCUCAGAGCAAUGAAGGUGUCACCUAUGCCAAGAAGAUAAAUAAAUCGAUCAGCCAAGUAAGAUGGAUGGAAAUGAGUGCCAAAGAGGUUUACAACUUAUACCGUGCAAUAUAUGGAUUAUAUCCAUUAACAACAAUGUUUAAAGAUAAGCAAGUGAAGUUGUUUAAUGCAUUUUUAGUAAAUAAUGACUUGUAUAGUGAUAAACCCAUCGGAACCCUUGAAUAUUGUGAAUCAACAAAAUCUAUUAGGAUAUUGUGUAAAGAUAAGAAAUUCAUAAAUUUCAAAUCACUUAGAAUAGUCGGUAGAAAAGAAAUAUCAGCUGUAGAUUUUUAUAAUGGUUAUAUAAAGAAUAUAUCUGUAGAUGUAAGAUUAUGUGUUGCCUGUUAGAUAAAUAAAACAUAUGAAACAUUAA